CAUUAUAGCACUUUAGUAAUUUACAAAAAUACCCAUUUAUCAACACCAAAAGUUUCUUUUGUAUGUAUAGUUCUUAAUAGUGUUAGUUAUUGGUUUUCAAGACAAAAUCUCGUGUUAUAGAAGAUGAAGAUCUUAGCACCCCUUAUCUUAUUAUGCACACUAUACUAUCACAGCAGUUUGGCUAGAGAUGACGGAUUUCGUGGUAUUAUUUCUCCAACAAACCAAAAAAUGUAUGGACAAGCCUUAGAAGCCAUCUUUACUGUGGGUUUUCGACUUCAAGAUAUUCUAAAUAUGUCAACUGAACAAAAUUUAGUUGUUUCACCUCUCAGCACUGCAGCUAUCAUUGGGCAAUUAAUGAUAGGAGCCGAUGGUGAAUUUAGAGAAGAUCUUCACGACCUCCUUGGUCUCCCUCCUUCUUCAGCUUCAUUUAACGUAACCUAUUUUAGUAAAGAAAGAAACGAAAGUAUAAUCCUACCUUACGCUACGUUCCACAUGCAAUUGGCAAUUUUAAUAAAAAAUCUGAGACAACGAAAACCAGGUGAAGAAUUUGUCUUAAAUCUGGCAAAUGCAAUGUUUUACAACAGAGAUAUUGAUUUAAGAACUGUAUUUACUAGUAGUCUCAAUAAAAUGUACGAUGCGGAUAUUGAGCCAUUAGAUUUUACAAAAGAUACAACUAGAAUAAUUAACCAAUGGGCAUCGGAACGUACCAACGGCUUAAUCAAGUCCUUUUUAAGUUCUCCUCCUCCCAGCAGUACUGCUUCCAUGUUUCUUAAUUCCAUAUACUUUUACGCAGAAUGGGAAACGCCGUUUUCUGAUGCAUUGAAUCACAUGGAUACAUUUACAGUGAGUCCCUCACACAACGUCAGCGUUCUCUAUAUGGUAGGCAAACAGGAGGACGUACCCUAUGUGGAAACGAAGCAUUACAAGCUUGUUUGUUUACCGUACAAAAAUAGAGAACUUGGAAUGUAUAUUUUCCUCCCCAAUAUACAUCAUGAACACAAAUACAAUAUAAGAAAGUUUUUGGCUAGUUUAGAUCCAAAAGAGAUUGUAGAUUCUUUAUUGAAUAUGAAAAAUAGGUCAGUAGAUGUAAAAAUGCCAAAGUUACAUUUAACUAACACAAUCAGUUUGCUCAAACCCUUACAAAAGUAUGCGACGUUUAAAAAAUUUGAAGAUAACAAAACUCGCCAAAUAAACGGAAAUAAUUUAGAUAAUUUAGUUAAUCAAUUAAAGCAGUACGAAAAUUUCACACGUCCGGUUUACACAGAUAUUUAUUUGGAUAACGCCGCUCGAGGUGUUAAUCUGAAAGUUUCUGAUAUUUUCCAACAAACAAUAUUCUCCGUUAAUGAAAAAGGUACGGAAGCUGCCUCCGUUACAGCAGGCACUACCUUUUACGAGGGAGGAUCCAAAAGUUUAUUUUUAGGUAGGCCAUUUUCAUUUUUCAUCAGGCAUGAAGAAACUCAGGCUAUCAUUUACUGGGGUACGAUAACUAAUCCCGAAAAACAUUAAAGAAAGUAUUAUAAUUUGUUUUUUGUAUUGUAAGAACUUUUCUUUGUGAAAAGGUGACUGAUACACUUGUUGCAAGGUGGUUUAAUUUAUUAUAGUUAUUUGUAAUAUUAAUAUUAUUAAAUGUUUAAUUAUAA